AUGAUCUGCUGCAUCAUUUUCAUCUUUCUGCAAGUCUCCCUUAUGGGGGCUACUGAGAGCGAUAUAGUUGGUGGUAAAGAGGCAAAACCCCACUCCAGACCUUACAUGGUAUCAAUCCAGUUUCAAGGACAACAUGUAUGCGGUGGGAUACUUAUUCAGAAGGACUUUGUUCUAACUGCAGCACACUGCAAAAAAUAUGAGAACAGAGGCCCUUGCACAGUGGUGCUUGGAGCGCAUGACAUUAGUAAGAAAGAGAAAAGUCAGCAACACAUUGAAGUGGCCAAGUACUACCCUCAUCCAGACUUCAAAGAAUUUGAAUACGACAUUAUGUUACUUGAGUUAAAAAAGAAUGCCACACUGAAUAAGUAUGUGAAGACCAUCGGACUACCUAAGAAGAAUGGGAAAACACCAGCCAACAUUAAAUGUGUUGUGGCUGGCUGGGGCCAAACUGGAGAUGAUUUCCCUCCUUCAAAUGUUCUAAAGGAAGCCACAGAGAAGAUACAGUUCAGCAAUGAGUGCAUACAUAUUUGGGGAGAACAUUUUAAAUCUGAUCAUAUGAUAUGCACCAACUUUUCCCGAAAGAGUGGAGGUAUUUGCCAGGGGGAUUCUGGUGGACCACUUAUCUGCAACACAAAGCCUCAAGGUAUAACAGCUUUUACCAAGGAAAAUGAUUGCAAUAAUCCCAAAUAUCCCCAUGUCUUCACUAAAGUGAAUUCCUUUAUUGGCUGGAUCAAGCACACGAUGAAGCAAUAG